CUCAACCAGACAGAGCAGAAUAGAUUUACACACAGAAUGGCGAAAACCUUCCUACCAGCUCUACUGCUCUAUGUAUUGACUUUGGUCUUUGUUUUGGAUUCUCAGUCUCAGACUAUGGUGGUCCGUAUUGGGGAUAACAUCACCUUGCAGUGCUCCAAUGUUACAACGGUUGUGGGACACACAGCCUGGUUCAAGCAAGUCAACGGAUCAGAGCCUGUGUGUCUCUCAUCUAUGUACGGCUUUAAUUCAACACCUGAUCUCCACAAUGGUUUUCAAAGGAGCCAUUUUGAAAUGUUCAGCAACCACACCACUAUCUUUCUCAAAAUCACAAAAGUGGAAAUAGCUGACUGUGGUCUGUAUUUCUGUGGAUUGUAUCCACAUAGCCACAUGAUCUUUGUCAACGCAACAUAUCUAAAAAUUAAAGGACAUUGUAAUGGAACUAUCAGUCUAGUAGGAGAGGAUGAUGACAUAUACCUAGGAGAGGAUGAUGGAACCAUGUACCUCCUUCCCCUGGUUGUGAUCCUGGCUGUUGUGACUGCUGUUCUACUGAUAGUCAUUCUCAUCCUGGUCCUCAAGAUCAGACGAGACGCAAACAGACACAACACAGGACCUGAUCCUCAAAGGCAACAACACAAUGAUCAGAAACAAGAUCCAGAUACAUUGAAUUAUGCCGCUCUGAAUUUCACCUCCAAGAAGAGGAAGAUGGAGAGGAGAGAAGGAGCUGGACACCCAUGUAGUGUAUGCUGCUACAAGAUGACAAAGUGGGGGAAGAUGGAAGAGGAAAAUUAAUUGUCCAUAUCUUUGAAUACAUUGAUUUACCAUAUGUUUGAAUACAAGAUUAAAUAUCGCUAUAUUGUGUCUGUGUAGUUAUAUUGAAUGUAUUGACCUUUAUUUAAAUG